GAGAGAGGAGAGGUGGACACCAUGGAGCGGUUAACCUCAUGACAUCACAAGCACCAAGAUGAUUGGCUGCUGCCAGAGGCUGGAAGGUUUAUAAGCCGGCCGGUAGCCCUACUUUGAGCAGCAUCAUCACGGUGAAGCAAACAACAUCCAGGCAAACCCAGGAGAUAAACUAAAGACAAACCAAGUCUCUGUGUUUCUGCUGCAGCCGCUGAAUCCCUGAAGCUUCCCUCAACUGCAGACAAGGCAUCAAACUGUGAGACAAUGAAAGUGGCUGUUGUGUUUGUUCUGCUCUUCGCCACAGUUCUCUGCCGGCCGGCAAGAAAACUUUCCAGUUCAGAGAGCUCUGAGGAAGCGGUGAGACGACCAAAACCUCCAGCGCUCAGAAAACAGGCGCCCGUGGUUCUUAAGGCUCGCCCCCCACCUGUGCAGAAUGUUGUAGCAGCUGCGGCUGCUGGUUCAGAUGAGAGCGCAGAAACUUCGGAAGAGGAGCAUCAGCAGCAGGUGGCAGCCGAGGCUCUACCUGAAGUCAAAUCUGUCGUCACAGACACAACUUCAGAUUCGCCCUCAGUUAACACGCAGGACAGUGAAGACGGUGAUGAUGAUGAUGAAGCAGAGGAGAGUGAAAAAGAGGAAGAGGAGGAGGAGGAUGAAUCCAGCGACAGCUCAGAGUCUGGUGAGUCCUCCACGCCUGCUCCUUCUACGGUAGCCCCCGUGGUUGUCACAGAGACACCGGCCCCUGAGCCGACUGAUGACUCCAUUGUGGCCACCGUCGUCACCGAUACAGCCCGCGGUGACAACCUGGGAGGCUACCCCAGCGAGUACAAGUCCAUCGUCUAUGUGGAGGAAAAAUCCUACCACAAGGCUCCCGGGCCCUACAAGUCCUAUGAGUUUGUGGACACAGGAAAGAAGACAGCCUAUUCAAUGACCGACGGCAAUGAGGUGGAGAAGCUGCCAAAGGUGUAUAAGACUAUUUAUGUCAACCCUGAACUCCUGGAGGAAGACACCAGCACCCCUGAGGUGGAGAGCCAGGGUCUGGAUGCCUCCUCUGGCACAUCUCAGGACCCGGACCCCCGCCAGGCCGAUCUUGCAGAGGAAGAGGAGAGCACCAGCACCAGUGACCCCACCACCAGUGAGAGUGAAAGCAGCAGCACCCCAGAGGAAGAAGAGGAGGAGGAGGAAGAGGAGAGUGCCAGCACCACCAGCGAUAGCACCAGCCAGGAGGCCGAAGACGAGGAGAGCCAGAGCAGCGAGGAGGCUACAGCCACACCUGGAGCUGCUGACGCUGACUCCGAUGAGAGUGACAGCGCUGAGAGUGACUCUGAUGAGGAAGGGGCGGCACCUGACAUCACCACUGACAUCCCGGCAGUCAUCACUGCCAAAUAAGCCCAUCUAGGAAAUAGAGUGGGCGGUGGUGUCCGAAUCACAUAAUGUGUGCACACUGCAUCCAGGUGCAAAGAGCCCCCUCCCGAGCCCUUUUCCCCUGCAGGGUCCAAUAGGGAUGACCAAGGCUGAGUUAUUAUUGACUCAUGUUUUCAGCUGAUAUUUCCAUGAAAAUCUGUGCAUCAUCUAAAAAAGCACAUGUGUUUUGCUCUCUAGGGUUUUGGCUAAAUAAACCAUUAACGCCUUUAUCCUGUGGUCCUUGUAAAUCUCAUCUUUGAUCCAGUAGGGGAAAAGAAGUUAAUUGAACUUUAAAAAUGACGACUGCUACCUGUAACAGGAGGUUGACCGACCUCAUGAUCUUUGCCCCUUUCCCUUCUCCCUUCUCUUCCAGCAGGGUACAAGGUCAAAACUGAUAAAGAACAAAAAUGAUGACAAAGUUGAGUCCUCUUGUCUACACUAGCACAAAACUGCCAUUUACCAUUAAUUAAUAACUGCAAUACGCAAACAUACAAAGUUCUUAUGCUUAAUAAAUAAAUGCAAAUGCACAUUAUAUAUUUAAAUACAUUAGUAAUACUUGUAAUCAUUUUGAAAAUAAUCAAAUUUAAAACUGACAUUAAGUCACACAUUUGCUGCCAGUGUGGCUUAGCUUUUUGCUCGCUAACAUUACAUUUUGCUGGUGUAGAAAAAAGGAUCCAGGCAAAGAACAAAAAAAAAAAUCUUCUAGUGCAGGGUUCAAUCAGAUAUAGAUACAGUACACACAUACAGACAACAAGGCCCUGUUUAUUUGCACAGUUGCUACCUACACUACAUGUUGUUUGUCCCAUGUUGUUUACUGUAAUGUAUCAUAAUGUACCAUUUCUAAAAUAUUAAUAAAGUUCUUUUUCAUAAAAAAAA